AACACACACCUUAUCAGCGUCACUCACCGGCGCUAUCUCCCUGCAGUUGGAGACAAGUAACCCGAACACACACAGCUCGGUCUAUCAUUAUUGGCUGCUGCUGCUCUGCACACACCCACGUGACCCGACGCUCAGCUGACUCUGGUCAUGUGAAUGGGUGUAGUGGAGGCUCCCGGAAGUGUCCUGCAGUAUAGCGUAGGUAGCGUCUAGAUUACCUUCGUGGAGAGGACCUUUCCCAUAACCCCCUGGGAACCGUCUCCACUGGCGAGUAUUCAAUGGUGUUGGCAUAAAGUAAGGGCGGAAGUGGCGGCGUUAGGAACCCUCCCGGUGUGCGUUCCAAAGGCCGGAAAUACGGCUAAGGUCAUCUGUUACGCCCCGGAGACGGAAGUUACUGCAAGAACCCGGAAGUGUACUGUCGGCUGUUGGCUGCGUUCUAGCCCUUGUCAGUUGUCCGUGUCUCAGGUCACCAGGGAGACCGGGAUCGCAGGGUGAGAGAUGGCGGCUGAUGAGAAGAUGGAGGUGACUGUAAAGACGCUGGACUCUCAGACUCGGACCUUCACAGUAGAGGCUGAGAUAACCGUGAAGGACUUCAAGGAUCAUAUAUCCUCCGCUGUUGGUAUUCCUCCAGAGAAACAGCGGCUCAUAUAUCAGGGUCGCGUAUUGCAAGAAGAUAAGAAACUGAAGGAAUACAAUGUGGAUGGGAAAGUCAUUCACCUGGUGGAACGUGCCCCACCCCAGACACAAGCCACUACUGGGGGAGCCUCGACCUCGUCAAGCACCUCCACCACCAACAUCGGCCCAGCAGCAGGUGGUACAGGUUCCGGGGGUCCGGAGAGGAAUGGGAACAGCUAUGUGGUGAUGGGAACGUUUAACCUACCGCAUGUCAUGUCCGGUCUCGGCGAGGCUGGCCGAGCGCCUCGUGCUACCACAGUUAACGGGACUGAUGGCUCCUCUCUCGACGUCCAUAUUAACUUGGAUCAGCAGCUCCCCAUCCAGUGUGAGCCUCGUGUCCGUCUCAUUCUGGCGCAGCACAUGUUACAGGAUAUACAGUCAAUACUGGAUCGCCUGGAGCAACAACCUGCUGGUGACCAGUCUGCAGAGCCUAUGGAGACCUCUGGGUCUGAUGGUGAAUCUGGCAGUAGGGAAACACCAGCACAAGGCACCCCUCCCGCUGAUGUGCAGGCUGGUACAGCACCAACAGGUCAUCCCACCCCUGCCGAACACGUGGAGAUUCUCCAGUCCUUGUCCAGGGUGGAGGAACGUCUCGCCCCAUUUAUGGAGCGCUACCGGGAUAUCAUAAGCAAUGCAGCAAAUAGCGUGUAUGAGAAUGAUGAGAGGGCACAGGCUCAGCGUAUUAUCAACCUUGUUGGGGAGUGUCUAAGGCUUCUGGGAAAUGCGCUGGUUGCUGUGUCGGACUUGCGCUGCAAUCUGUCCAUGGCUAUACCCCGACACAUGCACGUAGUCAGACCCAUGUCACACUACACAGGUCCCAUGUUACUCCAGCAAGCAGCCAUUCCUAUACAGAUAAAUCUUGGCACCACGGUCACAAUGACAGGUAAUGGAGCCCAUGCUGGUCAGGCAGCCCCUGAAGCAACCUCCGCUCCAACCGCUCCCACCAGUGCCUCUGAUCCACCACAAGGUACCACUGAGAACCAGGGUCCUGCCACCGCGGAAACCACACCAUCACAGGUCCCCUCUGCCCCAGCUCCUCCACCACACCCACGGGUUAUACGUAUCACACACCAGACAGUGGAGCCAGUUAUGAUGAUGAUGAAUAUCCAGGAUUCAGGAUCCAGUGGCUCAUCAAACAUUUCCCCGCCCUCAGCGGCUCAUGGUACUGGGACCCCCAUGCACAUGCCAGGGCUGCCUCCGGAGUUCAUGCAGGCCAUUUCCCAUCAGAUCACCCAGCAAGCCAUUGCGGCCGCAUCAGGUGUGCAACAGAUUCCCGGCUUUCCCGUUCCUCGGUUACUUUUUACAAGACCCACCGCCCCUCCUCAGCCACCCCAGACUGGAACCCCCACCCCUCCUACAGGACCUGGAGUAGCACCCGGAACAGGACCUGGGACUACGGCUGCCCCAAACUCACUAACUCAGAUGAUCAGUGGUCUGGUGGGACAGCUGCUCAUGCAUCCGGUCAUUGUAGCUCAGAGCGGCAGCACAACCCCCACCUCCUCUUCUUCGUCUACUUCCACCUCCUCUUCCUCAUCUACUUCCACGUCCUCAUCCACGACCUCCACCACGUCCACCUUCCCGAGCACUCCUUCUGCACCAUCUGCUCCAUCUGCACAGCCACCUCCAGGACCUGACCAACAUUUGUCCCAGCUGCUGGGCUCCUUACUGGGCUCUGCCAGCUCGGGUGUGGCAAACAUAGCUAUGGGCUCACCGAGUAUUGCUGUGGCAGUUCCGGGAAUGCCAGCCUUUCUCCAAGGAGUCACCGAUAUUUUACAGGCUACACAGAAUAUCCAGGCGUCCACCGCUGCACCCCAGGCAUUCGCUCAGCCCACACCUGCGUCUCCCUCACCCCUUACUACCUCCACCGCUCCACCUCAGUCUGCGGCUGCUGCUGAUUCCCUUCCCCCAGAGUUCUUCACCAGUGUGGUUCAUGGUGUCCUGUCCACCUUGCUGGGAUCUCUGAGUGCGGCCGAGCAGAGCGGUAACGAGAGUAUUGCAGCCUUCAUCCAGCGCCUCAGCGGCUCCCGCAACAUCUUCCAGCCAGACGCAGAGGGACCUGGGGGAUUCUUCGGUGACCUCUUGUCCCUGAUCUGCCAUCACUUCUCAUUGGUGGAUAUGGUUAUGCUGUUACAUGGACACUCCCAGCCAUUACAGAACCUUCAGCCUCAGCUUCGCUCCUUCUUCCUCCAGCAGUAUUUACAUCAGGCUGACCCCACACCACACAAUAUCCAGAUGGCAUCCCGAAAUCUUUUUAACGGACUGGAAGAGUAUAUCCGUGAGAGUUUUGCCACUGCUCCUGUCCGAGAAGAUGUAGACAUCACAAGGACAAACCUCGAGUUCUUACAGGAACAGUUUAACCGGAUUACCACACACAUCCUGCACUGCGCUGACUCCACGUUUGGGCAGCGCCUCCUGGAGAUGUGCAACCAGUCGCUGUUUGAAUGGCUCGCUCUCAAUUUGUACUGUCUCAGGGGAGACCAGAAUGCGCUAACAUCGGUCAUCAAUGAGAGAAUAAGGCGUCUCUCCUUGGAUGUAUCGCCUGAGUUAGUGUCCUGGAUGACGUCUGUCUUGUCCCUUCGACUCCAAGUCCUGCUAGGUCAAAUGCCAGUGACGGAAGCAGAGGUGCAGAGACACGUCCGCAGGGUUGGAGAUGCUCCUCAACAGGUUUCUGAACCCGUAUCGCAGGAGCAGCCGAUGGAAACCUCACCUGCUGAAACGCAGGGAGGAGGGCCUGCCUCUCAGUGGUGCUGUCAUGGAGGAUUAAUGGAAACGGAUGUACUGCAGCCGGGUGCCUCCUCUCCAGCGCCUGCUACCACAGUGGAGGAGGCUCUGUUCCUUCCACCUCAAAGUUCAGCACCAACACUGUGCCCAGACUCCGAGCUUCCCCCACAAGAAGAGGCUGGAUCUGAGCCAUGGGCAGCCGCUGUACCACCAGAGUGGGUUCCGGUAAUUAGGCAGGAUAUACAGAGCCAGAGAAAGCAGAAGCAGCAACAGCCACCCCUGAGUGACGCCUACCUGAGUGGGAUGCCGGCUAAGCGACGUAAGACAAUGCAGGGCGAGGGGCCUCACCUCUCCCUCUCAGAGGCUGUAAAUCGAGCUAUGAGAUUUACAGGAGCCAAACCCGAGAGCAGCGCAGAGAGUCUGAGGAGAGAGCUAGACAACAGUGAGGUACAAAUGAGGUACCGAGAACAGCUUUGUCAGGAUAUCCAGAAAAUUAUUGAAGAUAAUGAGUCCUACAACACCCAGAGAUUCCCAAACACUCAGAGAGUGUUUAGGGGAGACCCCUAGACACCGUACCCCACUUCGUGAUCCUGGAAAACGCCCCCUUGCCUGUGUAAUAACCGUUAAUAAGCGUACCUCGAAUCUAUUGUACGGAUAUUGCUUAUGACUGUUCUCCAAAAAGUGUCUUUGGGAGACUUGAUAAAUAUCCUUGUGUUCCCCAAGUACUCUCACUGAAUUCUGACGUGCUACAAGACUUACAGCUCCUGGGAGGAUGCGUCUAUAAUAUUACAUGGAACAGUGUGCUUCACGCCAUCGGACCCCUUCCAAAUCGUGUGACCUUCAUUAUCGCCAGAUUUGUCUGCUUAAGACAUCUUUUUUUUUUAUUUUAUUUUUUUUAACCUUGUUGAUCUAGAAUUCCAAGCCCAUUUUACCAGAAGCCGCGCACAGUCCCUCUGCACUCCCGCAAAAAAUGCUGAAACCAUGAAUAAAAGUCUUAGAGCAAAUGACUGUGGAUGUGUGUUACAUCGGAGAUGGAAUAAUUCACUGUGGUUUGUUGUGACAAAAUUCUGAAACGCGUUGCUCUAAUUUUCUACGCAAGUUUGUUUCCUGGCUGUGUACAGUGUACAACGCUAAGUAGAUAUGAGCGUAAUACCUACUAGAAUGCUUGUUUUGCUGGUCUAUAUACUGUAUCUGGUAUUGUCUAAAUCAUACAGUACUAGGGCUAUGUCAUUGUGUUUUAUUUGGAAAGAACCAUGACCAACGUGUUUGUCUUUUCUAGGAGAGAUAGGAAUCUGGUGUCUCCCCAGGAGAGAUAGGAAUCAGGUGUCUCCCCCUUAUAUGUUUAUAUAAGUUGUGGGUUAGACCAGUGGUUCUCAAACUCUGUCCUCCAUAACCCCAAACAGGUCACGUUUUCCAGGUCAUCUAGCAGGUGAACAGGCGUCCUCAUUACUCAUUGACACAUUUUAAAAGACCCACUUCACUUGUGAUUUAGUGAGGAGACCUGGAAAACAUGAACUGUUUGGGUUCCUGAGGACAGAGUUUUAGAACCUAUGGGUUAGACUAGUAGUUCUGAAACUCAGUCCUCAGGACCCUACACGGGUCACGGUUUCCAGGUCACCCAGCGGGUGCACUGUGUAUCACCAUCUGUCACACAUUAUGGGGGUAUUUAAUUGGUGGCGUAAUUGCAGCAAUCUAUGAUUAGUGGUUUUGCCAUUUUUGCAGCAAAAACUGACUUUUCGCGGGUAUUUGCGCUCCUGCACUCCACCUUAUUCAAAUGCAAAUAUAGCGAAAACGGGAUUGCUGCGAAAAUUGGUGCAGUAAGUGAAAAAUGGGUAAAUCUGUCCAUACCACCCAAAUAAGCUAAACUAACAUUGGAUAACAGUAUAAAAGUUUAUUAUUAGUUAUAAUAAACUUACUUCUGGUACUUAAAUUGGGUCAAAUGGCUGUUAUGUGCAUUUUUAAUUGUUUUUUUUUUUAUUUUUAAAUAAGCUAUUUUUUUCUGCACAAUAAGUGCUCUCAUUAAAUUUGGGGUACAUAAAAAUGGGUAUGAGUACUGUAUAUAUUUGCAUCAUUUUAGGGGACUUUAAAAAAAAAAAGUGGAAACGGACCGAUUACUCCCACGUGCAUGUCUAAAAACACUUGUCCCACUCAUAAAGCACCCCUAUAUACCUGUCCCAUACCUUGACAUGUCAAUAUUGGCCAGUCAAAAAUAAUUAACAAUUUCUAAGUGCCUAAUUAGUCUUUCAGGGGGUUGUCCCAGGGUUUCAGAACCAAAUCUCGACAUUUUUAACUUAAAAUAGGGAUUUUUUUCCCCCAAGUUUAUCGCCUGCACAGAGUUGGUGUAUUGAUAUUCGCUGUAAAAUUACCACAAAAACAUUUUUGCGGACAAUUGAAUAGGCACUUUGGCGAAUUUACCGCGAUUUGCAGUAAUUUUGCGUGUGUUUUCACUGCUAAUUGAAUUCCCCUCCUAAAAAUCUACAGGUGACCUGGAAAACAUCAACUGUGUGGGUUCCUGAUGACCGAGUUGGGGAAGGGGGAGGAGUGAUAAUGAUCAGAGCUGUUUUUCAGGCUGGGAUUGUAGAGCUCUAUUAUUGGACUUUGCUGAUUUAUUAUGCAUGUACUAGUGAUGUAAUUGGGGCUCCUGGCAUUUUACCUGUACUGGAUCCUGCUGCUGAUCAUGGAACCUCUUUAUGGGUAAGGUUGUUUUACCCCCAAUGCUAAAGGAGCCAGAGAAUGUAGGGGACAAUAAAAACUGCUGACUGAUUAAA